UCAUAUCAGUCAGAUUCAUCAGGGUCAAGGGGUCAAGUAAUGUUUAUUAUUGUUUGUUCUUUGUAGUUUGUGCGCCAUGUAAAAAUAAUUGAAAUAAAAUAAUUCAUAAUUUGAAGGUAAAAUGGCUUUAACUAAUAUCUUGCUUCUCAGCCAGAUUGCUGGCUACGUAAUCGCUUUCAUUUUAUCAUUAUGUAUCGUUGUACCUAUGGGAUUACAUCAAGAUGACUUUAAGGGACAUUGCUUAUUAUUCUCCACCGGAGAAUGGCAAGAAGCUGACGGGCAACUCUCAGUACAUUGGGCCUCACAAUGCUAUUGCAACUACACUAUAUUUGUAGGAGUUAUGCUGGGUCUUGUCUCAAUUAUACAAAUUUACAGAUUGUCUGUGUUUAUGUACAAAGGCACUGACAGUAGCUUUCUAUCUGCUUUCAUAGAUGUACUAUCAGGGAUACUUUUGUGUGGGAUGACUAUCAUAGCUGCUCUUAUGAUCACUUUGGGAUUUAUGGCUUGGUGUCAAAAUAUGACUCAAAGAUUCCCAUCAUGUGAAUUAGCUGCAGGUCAAGAUAUAGACCAUGCUGACAAAAUAAAUACUGCAAAUUUCUACAUUCAACUAGGCACAGCACAGUUUGGCAUCUGGGGCUCUUUUGCAAUUUGGGUCGGCCUUUCUGUGUGUGCUCUAUUGAAACUGUGUAGAUAUCAUCAAUUGGAGAACAUCAGAGUAUCUAUGUAUAUAGAACGCCAACGUUUGAUCAAUGAGAAUGCUGAUUCUCCUGGUAGCAGUCUAGGAAGAGAAUCAAACACCAGUCAGGUGACUGCAACUGUGACUGAGUGAUUAGUCUGCAGUGUACUGAGGUAUCCCUACUUAGUUAUCUGUGCUAUUAUCCAUAUAUCUGUUUUGUUGCAUCAAACUAUCUCUCAAUAUUUUAGCUUAAAUUAAGCAUGUUCAUAUCAAUUUUAAUUAAAAUAUUAUAAAAUUAUAAUUUCAAUGUAUUUGUAUACUUCCCAAAAAGUUAACAUUCUUCCUUGUAUUCUUUAUAAAAAAAUCUUCAUAUGAAGGUUUUUUUUUUCUUU